GCUAAUUUUUCUUAAUACUCCCGCUUCUUUAAAUGGGAUCAUGGCCCCUCGAUGCAGGUUCUAAACCAUGUAUUAAAUAUUUUGGUUAACCUAUUUAAGGCGUGGGGAGAUACCGAUCGUUUCAUUCAUCGCUGAACUACGCGUAUAGAGAAACCGGACAAUCUUCAUCAUAAGUAGCAUCAUCAUCGUUCUGCAUCAUGUUGUUCAAGACCCUCGCCCACCUGCUGGUGGGACUGGGAACUAUAUCUCCCAGAGACGAUCAGUUGGCUGGGAUGAUUGAGUGUACCAUUGAUAGCAGUGCACCUGUCAAGUACGCCGACUACGGCUGUUUCUGCGGCGAGGGAUCGGCUGGUGCUACACCAGUCGACGAUACUGAUAGCUGUUGUCAAGCGCAUGAGCAGUGUUAUGACGGCUCUCUUGCUGCGAGUAUUGGCUGCAGCUCGUCCGAUCGGGAUGACUUACCGUAUGAGUAUUCAACUCAUCAUGUCUUCAGUCGAUGCUCUGUGCAAUGCGAUCCGGUUGAGGACUACCCAGCGGAUCAAGACAAGGCGGCCUGCAGGGUGUACCUGUGCGAGUGCGAUUGCCAAUUGGCCCAGUGUCUGAAAGAUGCUGCAGGUAGCUACAAUGGGGACUACGUCGAGUAUAGGGACACGGAGGCGGGCCAGGCACAGUGCGUCUAAAGAUUUAACUGCCUAAUGCUUCAGAUCACCAUCAACAUAGCUUCUUCAGCAGCAUUACGCAGUUUGACUGCAGGCUUAUUUCAAACACAACCUCGAUGCACUCUUGUGUGUAUUAUCGUUAUUACUGUUCGCUAUUUUGGAAAUGCGGUUUCAUGGUAGCUCCAUCUCCCUAGCAUAACUUUAAUUUAAAAAAAAAUAUUAAUUAAAACGUCUUCGCGGGCUCAAGAUCACCUCCCAUAAAAAAAAAAUCGUUCUCUUUUUUGGUGUCGAAACGCUGCAAGAUAUAUCAGCCUAGUUUUGGGUAUAAUCUGUCUCUGGAUAGGAUAGUUGGCAAGGCAUUAAUCAGGAAACAUCACACAAACUUGCUCUAGAGAUCUGCCAUACAGGUGCAUUUAGUGUCCAAUUAAACCGUUUUAGUCAAUUUCACUAUUUAACCAUGUUACUCAAUAAUUUAAUUCACCUAGAAUUGUGAAAAGUAACAAGAGGAUUAAAAUAAAAACCUCGUUAC